GACAGACAGUCGACAGUGGCUUUUUACCAGUCCAACAACAGGGGGCGCUAUAACCCUAAUUAACAGCUUUACUUCCGGGAUGAGGACAUGAUGAGAUUGUAGCACUGCUGCCGACCGAACAAAAUCCCAUCCCAGUGUGAUGGGGCCAGACAGUGCACCGGGUCCAGCUGUGCCCUGGCGGAAGGUGCUGUGGGAGCGCCAGCCGUUCCCUGAUAACUAUGUGGACCAGCGGUUCCUGGAGGAAUUACGGAGGAAUGAGGGCAUCCGGCAGUACCGCUACUGGGCUGUGGUAAAAGAAGCAGGCUUUGUGGGACAGCAGCUGUCCUGUGUGGCCAUUUUUAUCACCCUCUGGCUCUACAUGGAGCAGGGUCUGCUGUCCCCUGAGAGGCUGUUGUGGACCAGCCUUGCCUGCGCCCUGCUGGGUUAUGGACUUCAUCAAGCUUUGACGUCUCAACUGGAAUCAGGCUGUGAGCUCCGGACCCGUAUGGCCGACUUACAGAGUGCCACUAUUUUUCUUUCCUUCACUUUUGGCUUCUCACCAGUUCUAAAGACACUAACAGAGUCUGUGAGUACCGACACAGUGUAUGCUAUGUCUGCUAUGAUGAUGCUUGCCCACCUGGCGUCAUUCCCUUACGCCCACCCCUCACCCCCUGGCAGCCUAUCCCUAAACGCAGCCCUGUUUGCCUCGGUGUGUCUAGCCUCCAGAUUACCUGGGGCUCUGCACACCUUCGCCAUGCUCAGCUGUGCCCUGCUGGUGUUCGCCCUGUGGCCCUGCCUGCUGCAGAGACUGAGGGAAAGCGCCCCCAGCCAGUUUACUGGGUUGUGUGUGGGAGUGUGUAUCGGAGGAGUGGGUGGUCUGGGGUCCCAGUGGCCAGGGGGAGCUGUGCUCUUAGCCCUGGCCUUAGGGAGUGUAACUUUGCUCUGCCCGCUGCUGCUAGUCAGGCUGCAGAGGCACAAAGACAACAUCCAUGGACCCUGGGAUGAGGCUGAGAUUCAUGAGGACCUCAGCCACUUCCUUCACUAAUGGACAGAGCGAAGAGGAGCAGAUGGUGCUCCUGACUUCAGUUACAUUGGAAGUGUAAGCCAACUAUUAAUUUUAUAUGAAUGAAUUUACAGUCAGUCUGCAGUAUUGAUAUUGGUGCUGUACAACGAAACUGACAAAUGUUAAUUCUUUUAUCAUUGGUUCACAUCUGUCUGGACAGCCAAGGCAACUUCUUAGAUCAAGCAUGUCCAAACUAUUCCGUAUUCUAUUCCCAUGUGGCUGCAGGUUUGGACAUGCCUGUCUUAGAUGUUUUAAAGGUUCAAGCUGCUAUUGUCUUAGAAGUGUUGACCUUAGACUUUGUAUAGAAGGUAUCAGCUAAUGUGCAAUGCUGCCUUACACUACUGGACACAUUCUGAUGCUAUGCACCAAUCUGAAAUCAGUGAUUUUUUAAAAAAUAAUCUGUGGGAGAUGUUUCAUGUGUUGUGAUUGUGUUCAGUAUGUCUUUGAAUUAUGUUAAAAUUAAACAGAAUUACAAAUGUAUAUUUUAAAGGGUUUUGCAAUAAAGGUCUCCUCAGUGAAAGUUAUGUAAUCAAAUAUUCAUUCUUAUCUAGACUUCAGUGGCUGUAAAACAAUAAUGAAAUUAUAUAUCAAAGUUAUUGUCAAUGAUGCUCGUUUUAUCUUAGACCACUAAAUUUGUGACGGAGAAACUGAAUUUUGGCAGAAUGCUAAGUUUUCAAACUGUUUUCUCUGGCGGGUCGGUUUGCUUGUUAACAAUGAAAAUAAUGAGCUUUUAUUUGAUUUUAUUUUUCUUAACCUAACUGCUCCUUUCUAAUAAUGUAGUAUUGCACAGGUCAGCCAGGGAGAAGUCAAGCAUAACAAGCUCUUGCUGAUCCUACAGGGCAGAAAACUGCUGUCUCUCUCUGGACUGUCCACCAUGUUGCGUUCCCGGCCACACCCCACCCCGUGACAUCAGAUUGGCGGGCUCGGUUGAUGAAAAACACCUGUUGCGAAGGUCAUGCUGCUUUAAAACCCUCAGCCUAUAGAGAGCACCACAGCAGCAGUUUUCUGCCCCGUCCGAUGUAUUGAUUUAAACAGGAAAACAGUGUUCAGUAUUUAGUGAGAGGAAGAGUGGAACUGUUGUAGCUCAUGUUUAUGUUCCUUAUUUGUUUGUUUUUGUUUCAAUGAUGUAAAGACCAGCUAACAUUACAUCAUCCUGUCUUCAUUCUGGCUCCAACUUCAAUAAAAUAAAACCAAACCAGA